AUGUAUACUCAAAAGAGUUUGUCAUUUUCGGAAGUCGAAGCAACCGUGAAUCCGACAUGUACCGGAACAUCGGUUUGUGCAUUGGCAUAUGAUGAUGGUGUUGCCGUGAUGACCGAUCGUCUUGUUUCAUACGGUAAAACGGCUCAAUACCGUCACAUAACUCGUCAGUAUCGUGUGAAUAAUCGUGUCAUUAUUGCUUUCGGUGGUGAUCAUGCUGAUUUCCAAUGGUUGCAAAAUGUCAUUGAAAGACAGACGUAUGAGCUGAAAUCACACGAUCCUAAUGCUGAUCUAAGUCCAAAAAUGUUGCACGGCUUUCUGACAUCGCUGCUUUAUUAUCGUCGUACACGAAUGAAUCCACUUUGGAACACAUUGGUAGUUGCUGGAUUGCAAACCCAAAACGAUCAACUUGAACCGUUUAUUGGUGUUAUCACUUCUAGGGGAGUAGCUUAUCGGACAAAAAGUGUUGCGACCGGUAUGGGUGCUAUGCUGCUAAAUCAGGUCAUUGAGACAGAACAACGAAAAAACGAUGGUAAAUUAUCAAAAGAGCAGGCUAUUGACAUAUUGCGUAAAAGUCUAGAACUAAGUAUUUAUCAUGAUUGCGUUGCUGACAACGAAUUCGAAAUUUCGACUGUUGACAAAGAUGGUGUUCAGCUGGGAGUGCCGGAGUUUAUUGCUGGAAACUGGGAUAUUGCGGAAUACAAUUGUGAUUAUCAGUGA